CGCAUCACAUGCUCAGCAGCCCGAUGAUGGCGGGCGCUGGGGAGGAUUUGAGAGCUCUCUUCAGGGCUGGCGUCCGCGCCGCGCUGGAGGCCUGGCCGGCCUUGCAGAUCGCUGUGGAGAAUGGCUUCGGGGGUGUGCACAGCCAGGAGAAGGCCGAGUGGCUGGGAGGUGCCGUGGAGGAGUACUUCUUCCGCAAUGCUGACUUGGAGCUGGAUGAGGUGGAGGACUUUCUCAGGGAGCUCAUGACCAACGAGUUUGAUACAGUUGUGGAGGACGGGAGUCUGCCCCAGGUGAGCCAGCAGCUGCAGACCAUGUUCUACCACUUCCAGAGGGGUGAUGGGGCCACUAUGAAGGAGCUGGCCUCCCACAUCACCCAAAGAAAGCGCAGGGUUAGAGCCACUGCACUUUCGACAGACAAACAGACGGAUGAUGAUAAUGCGGACAGCGCGGAGGAGAUGGAGGUCACAGCUACAAAUGAUGGGGCAGCGACCGGUGGGGUCUGCCCCCAGCCUGAACCCUCUGGUCCAGACUCCCAGACUAUUAAGGAAGAAGAUAUAGUGGAGGAUGGUUGGACCAUUGUCCGGAGAAAGAAAUGAGUGGGGCUGGCGAUGGUUUGGGCCCUUGUUUUGAGGAUUGUGGACCUUUGGACUGGUUAUCCCAUCUCCAUCCUCUCCCUAUUCCCCUGUCUAGCUCCCUCCAGGGGAAGAAGAGCCCUUGGGUCCUUGGCCUUGGGUUGGUAGGACCUGGUUGACCACACCCCCUUGGGCCGUAAGUUACGAUCCGAAUGACGAGGCCUGGUUUCCCAGCACAGGGCCUUGGGUGCAGUCAGUGUGAAGAGUAGGAUGAGUGGGUGCGGGUGUGGUUGGAGGCGCUGAAUGCUGGUUGACAAGUGGGCAGGUAGAUUUAUGAAGGGAGAGAGGACCAGCAGAACCAAUACUUCUGCUGGGUCAGGAACGAUGAGAUGAACAUGGCAGCUGGAAGAGAGAGUCAUGGACAAGGUGAACGGAAGUAGCGGUGUUCCCUCUCCCACUUUCCUGCUGCCCGUACACACACACACACACACACACACACACACAGCAGCUCAGCCCCAUCCUGCAGCCCAGCCUCCAGCCCUGGUUCCUUCAGGAAGUCUGACAUUGGCAAGGUGGUGAGCUUGGGGGACCUGGGCUUUGUUUUCUGUCUCCUGCAACCUCUUUCCAAACUCUUCAUCCAAUUCCAUCCAUGUCCAGGGAUGAGGCUUAAAAGACAUGAAUAAAUAACACCUUAAAAUGGAA